AUGAGCGUCACACUGCACACGACGCUCGGCGAUAUCAAGAUCGAGGUGUUUUGCGAGGCUGUGCCGCGCACCGCGGAAAACUUUCUCGCUCUCUGUGCGGCGGGCACGUACGACCAUGUAAAGUGGCACCGCAACAUCCCAGGCUUCAUGAUUCAAACGGGUGAUCCGACAGGCACAGGCAAGGGCGGGCAGUCCAUCUGGGGCGACGUCUUCCCAGACGAAAUUCGCGCCACGCACAAGUUCCACGCGCGCGGCGUCGUAGCUAUGGCGAAUCGCGCGCCCAACACGAAUCAGUCGCAGUUCUUCAUUACCUACAGCAGGCAGCCACAUCUCGAUGGCAAAUAUACCAUCUUCGGCAAAGUGAUCGACGGAGCUGAGCUGGGCGGCACACUCGACGCCAUGGAAAAGGUGCCCGUGGACGCCAAGCACCGUCCGCUGCAGGACAUCCGCAUGCAGGGCGUCACGAUCCACGCGAAUCCCAUAGCGCACAACGCAGCUACCGACUAG